AUGAAUUUUAACCGUGCUGUUUACCACUACAAUUUACUCAAAGUAAUUGCCGUUGCUGAAGCUUGUGGAAAACUAGAUCCACCAAAGCAAGAACGAAAAUACUGGGUGCAUCCAAUUAACUCUGAUCGCGAAGAAUCAAACAAAUUUAAUAUAUUUUAUGAAAAUAUAAGGUGUUAUUCCGAAAAAUUUUUUGAGUACUAUAGAAUGUCAAUCAGUUCUUUUGACGAGCUAUUGGAAAAAAUACGUCCUUUUAUAACGAAACAAAACACAACAUUUCGUAACGUCAUAAGUCCAGAAGAACGACUAACCAUUACAUUGAGAUUUUUGUCCGUUGGCCUGAAUUUUGUUGCAUUAAAAUAUGAAUUUUCACUUGGUAGAAGCACUGUAAGUAAAAUUAUUAAAGAAACUUGUGAAGUUAUUUGGAACAUUCUGCAGCCAACUGAAAUGCCAGAACCAAGUUCAGAACAAUGGCGUGAUAUAGCAGAUAAAUUUUAUACAAAAACUCAAUUUCCCAACUGUGUGGGAGCAGUUGACGGAAAGCACAUACGAUGCGUCAAUCCUAAAAACUCAGGAUCAAUUUAUUUUAAUUACAAAAAAUUUUUCUCCAUAGUUUUAAUGGCAGUAGUGGACGCAGAAUACUGCUUUAUAUCUAUUGACGUAGGUGCAUACGGACGAGAAGGUGAUUCCACUGUGUUUAAAGAAUGUCCCUUCGGAAAACGAUUAUAUUCCGAACAACUUGGUUUACCAGCACCUGUUUGUUUGCCAAAUACUAGUGACAAUAACCCUCAGCCAUAUGUUGUAAUUGGAGAUGAAGCCUUUGGUCUUCAUAAAAAUUUAUUAAGACCCUUUCCGGGACGUGCAAUAAAUGUAGAACCGGAUUUUGCCGAUAUUAUUGUUAAGGCUUGUUGCCUGCUUCGUAAUUUUGUUAGAAGGAGAGACGGUGUCAAUUUUGAAGAUACGCUAAGCAAUAGCUUAGAUGAUUUGGACGUACACCAGAAUGAUUCUGGAGGUCGUUCACAAGGAAGGGAUGUGAGGGACUAUUUUGCUAAUUAUUUUUUAGAGGCUGGAUCUGUUCCAUUUCAAUACAGAUUUGUAUAA